UUCUAUUUUGCACACUAUCCUACACAUUCAAACCCCUUUCCUCUCCUACUUCUGCGACUUUUUUUUAUCGAAAAACAUCGCUCGAAAUUUCAUUUUCGUUUUGUUUUGUUAUAGCAACAUACUAUUUACAUGCAUAUGUACAUAUGUGCUAUAUUUUCAUCGUAAAUUCUUAAAGUAACAUUCAAAUUACAUAAUAAAAGUAUUUUAAAUGAAAAUGAAUUCCUGCAAAUGUCCAUUAUCAUAAUACACUACUUCAAAUAAACUUGUACCAUUUAUUUAAGCCUACGUCAAUGUUAUAUAUCAAUGAAGACUAAUUGAAUAACUUAACGUGUUAGAUUAAUUUAUAGUUGAUUAAAGCAUGAAUCAUAAAUUGAAUAUUAUACCGUGUGAAAAAAAAGCAAGAAAAACAACAAUCCAUUUCACGAUAAUGGUCGUUCGAGAAGUUGGACUUUCAACUUACGUAUAAGAAAGUGAAGACAAAUAAAUUAAAUUAAACGAAGAAGCACACAAAUAUUCUUAUAUACAGUCAUCUUAUUUUCUAAUUUCAUUUUAAAUACCAAUAUUGUACAUCUUAUUUCUAUCCGUAUAGUACAAUAAUUUCAAUUAAUUAACUAUAUUUUAUUUGCAUUUAUAUUGUUCCUAUGAGUUCUAUGUAAAUAUAUUCGUUAUCAUAAACUUAAAUCCUACUUAUUACUUUAAUCGUGCGAAUUUAACUUUAUUCGAGUCGAAUAUUUACGAAUGUACUACAUAAUGCAGAACUUGAGAUUAUAUGAAAAACUCCGUAAUUUUUUUCCAACAUGCUACUCGACUACUCGAAACAUCGCUUCAAUUUCAUCUUUACCUGAGAUACAUCAGAUGCUAUACAAAACUUGCAGAGAUUUUGCAGAAGGCGAACUAAAACCUAUCGCAGCAAAAUUGGAUAAAGAACAUCUUUAUCCGAAAGAACAAAUAAAAAAAAUGGGAGAGCUUGGUCUCUUAAGUAUUACGGUACCUGAAAAUUUAGGUGGAAGUGGCUUAGAUUAUAUGGCAUAUGCAAUUGCUCUGGAAGAAAUAUCUAGAGGCUGUGCUAGUACAGGAGUAAUAAUGAGCGUACAUAAUUCAUUGUAUCUGGGACCUAUUGAAAAGUUUGGUACUACGAAACAAAAAGAAAAAUAUAUUAGAACAUUUGUAGAUGGGCAAAAAGUUGGUUGCUUUGCUCUGAGCGAACCUGGUAAUGGAUCAGAUGCAGGUGCGGCUUCUACUGUUGCAAGAAAUGUUGGAGAUGGAUAUGUUAUCAAUGGAACUAAAUCAUGGAUAACAAAUGGGUAUGAAUCAAAGGCAGUUAUUUUAUUUGCUACCACGGAUAAAUCAAAGAAACAUAAAGGUAUAAGCAGUUUUAUAGUGGACAAACCUAUAAGCGGUUUAUCCCUAGGUAAAAAAGAAGAUAAGUUGGGUAUAAGAGGUAGUAGUACCUGUUCUUUGAUAUUUGAAGACUGCAAAAUACCGGAAGAAAAUAUUUUAGGAGAACCAGGAAUGGGUUUUAAAAUUGCAAUGAUGACAUUAGAUUCUGGAAGAAUAGGUAUAGCUAGCCAAGCUCUUGGAAUAGCCCAAGCAUCUCUCGAUUGUGCAAUAGAAUAUGCAGCUAAACGCGAAGCAUUUGGAAGUCCUAUUAUGAAAUUGCAAACCAUUCAACAAAAAUUAGCAGAUAUGGCUUUAAAAUUGGAAAGCUCCAGAUUAUUAACAUGGAGAGCUGCACAUCUUAAAGAUAUUGGUAAACCGUAUACGAAGGAAGCUGCUAUGGCAAAACUAUCAGCAUCUGAAGCUGCUACUUUCUGUGCGCAUCAGUGUAUACAAAUAUUAGGUGGUAUGGGUUACGUCACUGAUAUGCCAGCAGAACGACAUUAUAGAGAUGCACGUAUUACAGAAAUAUAUGAAGGAACUUCAGAAAUACAAAAAUUGGUUAUAGCUGGAAAUCUUAUUAAAGAAUACGAUUUCAGUUAAAUCUUAAUUCGUAUGCACAAGCUACAUAUUUCUAUAUAUUUUUUAUAUGGCAUAAUUUUAUAUAUAUAAGAAAAAAAAACAAUACGUCUUGCAUACUAUGCCCUCUAUUUUUAUUUACCUUUAUCUAUGUAAAUGAAUGUUUGACACAUUAAUACACAUGUAUAUAUGUAUGCUAAUGCACAGCAUGCAUUUACACAUAUAUACUGGUAUUUCACUGAUUAAUCCUUGUCAACAUUACAGGAAUUGCUAUUCAUGAUUUUUAUCCUGCUUGUUAUAAGAACUAGCUUAUGUUUACCUACAUAUUAAGUAAUGAAUAUUAUAAUACAGGUAAUAUAUAUUACGUACAGUGUAGUCCAACUCCAUAAAAGUAACCUGCAUUAGCGAAAUUUAAUGAAGAAGCUACAAGUUUGAAACAGAUAGUGAAAGUUCUAAUUGAACCAGCAUAAACAUCAUUUUUUGGCAAUCAAUAUUCUAGCAAAAAGUAAAUUAAUUAUUUGUUUAUUUAACUAUUAGCGCAUAUAAUAUUUAUAACAAUUAUAUGUAUACCGAUUUGUAUUAUUAUAUAUAUAUUGAUUUUUCUUUAAACUAUUAUUGUAAAUGAAUUCAAGUUUCAAAGUCUAUCUUACACAUUAGCCUAA